AUGUACGAAAACUGGCAGGACCAUGUUGCUGCGGCCGUCUUUGCUGCCACCACCACCUCCUGGUUCUCUCUGGUUGACAAGGACGUCAAAGUACCCUAUCUAGAUGAAUUCUUCCACAUACCCCAGGCCCAGAAGUACUGUGCUGGUGAUUACACGUGGGAUCCGAAGAUCACCACACCUCCAGGCUUAUAUCUCGUUGCCAAGCUACUGUCACCGGUCCUCGGAUGUAGCCUGAGAAGUCUCAGGGUCCAGAAUGUCUUCGCGCUCAGCUUCAUCUUCUUCAAAGCGCUUCAGAUUCGACGUCUGAUCCAGCCUCGCGGUCAUACUCAACGGAAAGCGGGGCUCUCCAUUCCAGACCCCAGUAAAGACACGCCAGACGAGCAGGUCUGGACUGACAACCAGACGCCUUUCUCGACCGCUUUAAUUGCUUUCAACAUUGCGUCGUUUCCACCGCUGUUCUUCUUUGGCGGUCUGUACUACACAGAUGUUAUGUCAACAGCCGCAGUCCUCAUCAGUUACGACGUCUUUAUCAAGAGAGCCGCAAAACCUCAAUGGAGUAUCACAGAUGAUCUUCUCACAGUCGUCAUCGGCGUGAUAGCCUUCUCUUUUCGGCAGACCAAUAUCUUCUGGGUGGCCGUGUUUCCUGCCGGUCUUACUGUUAUCCGGGUUUUGAAAGAGAAUGGGCAUACGGCCGCUAGCGUUACCGGACAAGGCUAUUUGGGGCUUCUACAGAGCAGCUGGUCCAAAGGUCUGAUCUACGAUCGUUCUUUGAAGGAGGGAGGGCUCUCGGUCUUGGAUGCUACCAUGCUCUUACUCACCAUUGCAAUCUCUGCCUUGAGAUCGCCGCUCAAGUUACUGAGAUCUGUAAUUCCUUACAUCAUACUACUUGUCCUCUUCGCCGGAUUCGUGGCCUGGAAUGGCAGUGUCGUACUUGGCGACAAAUCAGCUCACACCGCCACCAUACACUUACCCCAGAUGCUGUAUAUAUGGCCUUACAUCGCCCUCUUCUCUGCACCUAUUCUGAUAGGCCCUCUCUUCAGCUUUGUAGCCGUUCUGCUACCUGCGCAACUCGGGGCCAAGCUUGGAGCCACACGGAAGUCGCCUUACACAGUCUAUCCACAUCCUUUGCAAGCCAUCCUCUUUAUCGCUGCCGGCCUCCUCGCAGUGCACUUCAACACCAUCAUCCACCCGUACACUCUCGCCGACAACCGGCACUACGUCUUCUACGUCUUCAGAAUCCUGCUCCGACACCCCGCACUUAAGUACCUCGCGGUUCCAGUAUACUAUGUCUGCUUCUGGCUCAGCAUACAGUCUCUUGCGCAUCCAACCGCUGAUCCGGAGGUGCCGAAACAGACCUGUGUAGCCAAGCCCCGUAGUGAGGCUCUCAGGUCUACGAAGCUGCCUGUCCAGAUUAGUUUCGUUGUCAUUUGGCUACUUACAACCACUCUGUCGGUUGUGACGGCGCCGUUGGUUGAGCCGCGCUACUUCAUCAUCCCGUGGAUCGUAUGGCGUCUGCAUGUACCGCAUGCACCGACGACUUUCUCGCUUGGUUCGAAGACGUUUUCACCGGAUUUGCGUGUAAUCUUCGAGACGGUCUGGCUGAUUGCUAUCAAUCAGGUGUUGGAGUAUCUUUUCUUGUACAGGACGUUCACUUGGCCUAGCGAGCCUGGGAAAGUGCAGAGAUUCCUUUGGUAG